GGCGAUCGCUCGUUCACCAUAUUGUAUAAUAAUAUAGUUGUCCGUCCGGAUAUAUUUUUCGUGCAUCUUUGUCGUCAUCAUCAUGUACGUCAAGCGGCUGCGAAAUAGCUCCUGUUAUGUGGUUAAUUGUAUGUUGUUGCUGCAAUUUAUUUACAAGACGACUGGGGCAGGAUGUUCUAUGGAUCAUGGCAGUGGGAUGAAUUAUCCAACGACCACUGCAAGUGGAACAUGGACAACUCGCGGCGGGAUAUCUUCUUACGGCUGGGACAGCAGACAACCUAUAGAUCCUUGUAGCCGUUGUACAAAUGUUCCUCCGCCAUUGCCUGGAUCUCAGUACACAACACAAUCCCAUGACAAUGGGAUGUAUAGUGUUAACGACCGUAUUAGUGUCAGUGGUUACAUGUCAGACAAUCGGGUUUCUGUAAGCGGUUACAUGGCGAAUAAUCAUGGUAGUGCGAGUACGCAUGGUUCGGAUAAUAGAUAUUCCGGUUAUGGUUCCGAUAACCGAGGUAAUGGUUAUGGAAAUGACAAUCGUGACCAUCCGAAUAGUCGACCCAAUGGUUAUGAUUCAAUCGGUUAUGUUACUAGCAACGGUUAUAUGUCAAAUUCAAAUUACGCUGGUAAUAGUCACGUUACUGAUAAUCAUGUCCAAAUUUACAACACUCAUAACGUAGACAAUAAAAUAAAAAAUCCCAAUUACCGUGGUAAUGGUUACGACAAUUUAAGCCCAGAAUGGGAACGAAGACACAACAAUAAAAAACUUAGUGUUAUUAGUGGCAGCAAUAGUUAUGGAAGUGGUAUUGGUAGUGGUGGUAGCUAUGGAGGUGUUAUAGGAGGGGGUAAUGGCUAUGGAGACAGUAUCAGCGUAGGUGGUAGUUAUGAACAUGGUACUAGUGGUUCAGGAAUCGGCGGUAUUGGAUAUUAUCAAGGAAUGUCGUAUCCUGUUCCUAAUAUUCCCGACAGUCAUAAAACACAUGUGCAGAGCAAUUACCAUAAGCCGUCCAACGAUCGGUGGGGUAUCAAAGGAGCACAUCCAGUGAAAGUAGAAUCAGGAUAUUGGCAGAGCCAACCACCUAAAGAUAUUGGCUGGGAUGAGGCAAGCAAAAAGAUGGGAGUGAUAGCAGGAUGGAUUGGUGGCCCGAAAAAAUAUGAGUCAAGCAAACCUUCAAUAGCAUACGGUUCGCAUCAGGAAAAUGACAAAGAUGACAACGAUUACUACAACAAAGGAACCAGUUACGAAAACAAUUCGGACCGAAAGAAACCUUAUAUGGGUUGGGGAGGUUCUGGAUCGUACGAGGUGAUAAAAAUGAACAACGGGUACAAAUAUAUUGACAGAAAUAGUAACAGUGAUUAUGGAAUUUCUUACGGAAACGGUUAUAAGUACGGGGGGCAAAGUUACAAUAACAAACCAAGUCAAGAUUACGGAUUAAAACCAAUGAACGUCGAUCAUGGUAGACCAUACGACCAAAGUAGGCCUUACAGCUAUGGUACUUUGCACGGAUAUGAUAAACCAAUAAAUGAUUACGGAAAACUCACACUCAACUACGGUAAUACUAAUGGACAAGGCUAUGGUACUCCAACUACUCAUGAUUAUGGUUCUAGUCCACAUAUUGAUUUACAGAGUACAUCACGUCCAAUUGGAUUUGUAGUUACAUCUCCCAGACCUCCUGUGUGGGAUUCUCAGAAACCUGGAUACCAAAUGAUCGCUUCUCGGCCUACUCAACAUUGGGGUGAAAAUUCAUUUGAUGAACAAUUCAAUAGUGUAGUUGGUGGUUCAAUGGGUUAUGACAGACCUGGUGUAAAUGGUCUAGCAAGACCGGCCGAUUAUGGUAUUUCAAGACCAGAUAGUUACGGAACUCAGAGACCAGUUGAUUAUGGAUCUUCGAAACCAAGCAGUUAUGGAACUCAGGGACCAGAAGGUAAUGGUUCUCCGAGACCAGAAAAUUAUGGAUCUUCUCGUCCGGGUGAAUAUGGAAAUUCUCGUCCAGAUGUGUAUGGAUCUUCUAGACCCAGCAGUGAAAGAGAAACAUCAGACUAUGGAUCUUUCAGGCCGUACGUGGGGUCCAUGAACAAUAUGGUAUCAGAUUACGGUUCUCAAAAACAGGAGUUUGAUAAAUUCAGUGGUUAUUCAGAUAACGAUGGUGGUAGACCUCAAAGACCGGGAUACAAUAACGAAAGACCGUUUAUGGACAGAAACGAAAUUUAUGGUUCACAACAGCAGACGAGUUCGGGAUAUGGAAAAGGUUACGCAUCGAAUUGGGACUAUUAUUCUAAUUCCAUGAGGGGACAGUUCAACAAUGGAUGGAACGACCAGCAGCAGGGCUACUUACAAAGGAGACCGGAUGGCGAUGUGUUGCAAUCCGGAUCGAGUUUCAGACCCUCCGAGUCCACUCCUCUACAUUACAACGGGCAUAGUGGGAUCGGCGCAUCAACCGACAAUGGUUUCCUAUACAGGAGUCCGUCGACGAUUAUUGGUUCGUCUACCACUCCUAUGCCAACCACUAAUAAUUCAUAAAAGUUUUCAUAUAAAUCAUAAUUUAAUUAAUAUGAUUUUUAAUCAUUUAAUUUUUUAUUGAUA